AUGGACACAGUGGACUCGGGGAGCACCUCGGAGGUCGAGGAUCAGUCCAAGACUUGGGGCUCCGAUGCUCGUACUCUGGUUCCUCAGGGAGCUGACGAUGCGAGUAGUGCUCAUCCGCAUAGCGACUGCGGUAUUGGACACCGCGUGUUGGCCAGCCGCUCGGUUCUGGCUCUCGUCAUUGACGAGGAGUGUGUGUUUGCGGGCUUGCAAGGCGGAGAUAUUGUGGCCUGGUCUUUGGACACCUAUGAACUGAUUCUCUCGGUGCAUGCCCACGAGGAGAGUGUACUGGGUCUUUAUCUGUCUGAUGAUGGCAAUCUUCUUUUCUCCAGUGGCGGUGACUCUGUAGUCAAUGUAUGGUCUACAAGAACCUUUGAGCGCCUUUACUCUAUCUACUCCCACCAUGAUGUGGGCGACAUCUUCUCCGUGGUCUAUUCUUCAAGCAACCAAACCCUCUAUUGCGGUGCUCAGAACACUAGCAUCCAAUGGUGCAACUUGUCAGAGGAAGGCUCGCUGAAUCAAACCUCUGCUGCUCAUCCCUCCAAGCGCACCCAUCGGUUCUUCGACUCCCGUGGACCAGACGGCACAAGGGCUCCACGCCCCUCAGAUGGUGCUAAUGCAGUUUCAGAAGGUGGUCGCGUGCUCACCUUCAAGCGGGAUCACCACAAGCUCUUCGCUCACCAUGGUUAUGUCUAUUCGAUGCUGCUAGUCAAGGGCCUAAUUGAAUCAGCACCUUCCGAGGAGGCCCUGCUAACCGGUGCCGGAGACGGUGUCGUCAAGUUGUGGCGUCUGGGCCAAGAGCCCGGUUCCGCGCCGACCCAGAUUGCCAAAUUGCAGAAUAGCGACUCGGUACUUUCGAUCGCCGUUGAGGGAUCGCUGCUCUACUGUGGUCUUGCGGGUGGUGCUCUCAACAUCUGGAAUCUUGAUUCCCAACAGCUUGUGAAGCGGAUUGCCCGGCAUACUGGUGAUCUGUGGGCGGUGCACGUUAUUCAGGGCGUUGCUAUUUGCGGUGACUCGACUGGCACAGUCAAGAAAUUCAACUCUCGGUUUGAAGAAGUUGGUGGCUGGACCGCCCAUGAGGGUACCAUGCUUGCUUCUGCCGUUGGCCGAGUCAAGGAUCGUCAGAUCUAUGCCACUGGUGGAAAUGAUAAUAGUGUCGGCAUUUGGGACUUGACCGAGUUCUUCCUCGCCCAGGAAGAGCUGCCGCCCAUUAGCAAUGAUGAAAUGGUGAACAGCCUUGCCAAAUUCGUUUCUUUCAAGACGAUCUCUGCCAGCCCCAAGUUCACUGGAGAAUGCAAUCAAGGUGCUGCAUUCCUCCGUCGGCACUGCAACUAUCUCGGUGCCAAGACAAAGUUGUUGACCACAGGCGAGGACACAAACCCCAUUGUCUUUGCUCGAUUCAACGCAACCUCUACCGAAAAGGUUGACAAGACCAUUCUCUUCUACGGACAUUACGACGUUGUCGGAGCAGACACGAACCGUCCGAAAUGGAAGUCUGACCCUUACCAACUGACUUCCAUCAAUGGUUUCCUUUACGGUCGUGGUGUGUCGGAUAACAAGGGUCCCAUCUUGGCAUCUCUGUAUGCUGCCGCUGAUCUUGCCCGCACCAAGUCUCUCCGCUGCAACGUAGUCUUCCUCAUCGAAGGUGAAGAAGAGUCUGGCUCUCAAGGCUUCCAUGAGACCGUGCGGGAACACAAGGACCAGAUCGGUCCCGUGGACUGGAUCCUGCUAGCUAACAGUUACUGGCUGGAUGACUAUAACCCCUGCCUGACCUAUGGACUACGUGGUGUGGUUCAUGCCAAUCUAGUAGUUACCAGUGACCAUCCCGAUCUUCACAGCGGUAUCGACGGCAGUGCCUUGCUCGACGAGCCCGUCAAGGAUCUUUCCAUCCUCGUGUCGACUCUGGUCGGACGCAAGGGCAAGAUCAACCUUCCUGGCUUCCACGACCCCGUUCGACCCCUGACCGAGGCCGAGCAGAAACGCUUCGAAGCUAUCGCCGAUGUCCUGCUACCACAGCAUCCCGAGAUUCCCGAUAGCCAGGCCCUGAUCAAAUCGCUCAUGUACCGCUGGCGCGAGCCAUCCCUGACCCUGCACUCGAUGGAAGUUCCUGGCAGCAAGAGCGGCACCACUACCAUCGCCCGUCGAGCCAAAGCGAGCCUGUCGAUUCGCAUUGUGCCCGAUCAACAAGCAGACGAGGUCGCUGCCAACCUGACAGCCUUUGCACAAGAGCAAUUUGAUCUUCUCGACUCCCAGAACGAACUUACUGUUGAGAUCACCGGCAAGUCCGAUGCCUGGCUGGGAGAUCCAGAUAACGAGAUCUUCGCUACACUCUCCGAAGCCAUCACCGCUGCGUGGACACCCGACCAACAGACCUCGAAACAUCAAUACCCCGUGCCGAAACUCGCCCCCGGCCGCGCAACUCCAACUCCCAAACCCACCGGUCCAGCCAGCCAACUUCUCCGGAAGGAUUCCUCCGAUAGUCUCGCCUCGCAUGUCGACCGCGUAAUCACAUCGACUACAACUUCCUCCGGCAAAGCCGCCGCUCGCAAGCGCUCAACGCAAGGCACAGCCCCAGUCCCAACAUCCAACACGCUCGCCAAAUCCGCCUCCACCCCCUCCGUAGAAUCAACCUCGCUUCCCAUUCGAGCCAAGGCAGACUCAGAGACCGAGUCUGACUUGUCUUCACCUUCACCUUCAGCCUCUGCCCAAGAAACCUCAGCUCCCUCCGCCUCAGCUACCACCACCGUGAAACCCAUCUUCAUCCGCGAGGGUGGCUCUAUCCCAACCAUCCGGUUCCUGGAGAAGGAGUUCUCAGCACCGGCAGCGAACCUGCCCUGUGGACAAGCUAGUGAUAACGCGCAUUUGGAUAAUGAGCGUAUGCGGGUGGAGAAUUUGUAUAAGAGUCGGGAGAUUUUCCGAUACGUUUUUGCGCACUUGGUUGAUAAGACAUGA